AUGGGAACUCCACUUGUUGGUACCGCUAUUAUCACCGGGGCGAAUGGAUUGCUCGGGUCGGAGAUAGCUGUCUCGAUUGCUAAAGCACAGCCGUUUGUUCACUUACUGCUGGUGGCCCGCGAUAUCAGAUCCGACAGCGUCAAGGAUGUGACGGACAGGAUCCGUCUCAUCGGACCCCGCUCCGUCGAGGUGGUUAAAGCAGACCUUGCCUGCUUUAACUCCGUCGUGAGCUUUUCCCAAUACACCGUCGAGAGGGUACGAAGUAAAGAGAUCCCUCCCGUGAUCUUGUUGAUCAACUCCGCCGCAACUUCGUCAUACGUUACCGAUCAAGUCACACGAGAUGGGUACGAUCCCGUCUACCAGACCAACUGCAUCGCGCCGUUCCUGUUGACUGUGAGCCUGCUCGAGGCCUUCCGCGCAGGCGACGGUACACCGAACGGUGGUGCUCGAGUAAUCAAUAUCGGGUGCUCCUCCAUGUCCAAGGGAUCCCUGGACUAUUUUGACAGCGAAGACCCGGAGAGCGCUGCCCAGCCGCCAGGAACACCAAUUGGCGCCAAGGAAGCGACCAGUCGCUUCGGAAGUAGUAAGUUGUUAAUGAGCGCUGCUAUGUAUGCCUUGCGUCGAAGUCUGGUACUUACGGGCAACAUCUCGCUCAAUGUAUACACAAUGGAUCCCGGCGGUAUGACCGGAGAGAGCCACCUAACGACCGAUGCCCCGUUAUCGGUCCGAAUGGCACACCAGACGCGGUCUGGACUCCGGCCAUUCCUGCGGGUGUUUUCCAAGAGUACGAUAAACAAGGCUAGCGUUCCAGCCAAGGUCAUUGCAAGAGUCGCAUUUCAAAAGGAGACGGUGGAGAACUGGGGAAGGGAACGAUAUUAUAUCUUGGAUAGCGAAUACGAGGCCGCAUCCGUCAUUCCGGCCUUGCGGGAUGUGCCGCGCAUGGAUGGGCUGCUGCAGAAGGUUAUGCGACAGAUCGAGAUAGGCGUCAAAGGCAUGGGAUCGCCUCAAUCAAGAGUAUCGCGGCUGACUGCUCGUUAG